AUGCGUCCCAUUCUACUUCAGGGUCACGAGCGUUCUCUUACGCAGAUUAAAUAUAACCGCGAGGGAGACUUGCUCUUUUCUGUGUCUAAGGAUCAUGUCGUAAAUGCUUGGUUCUCGCACAAUGGCGAGCGUCUUGGUACAUAUGAGGGACACAUUGGUGCUGUCUGGACCGUCGAUGUCAACUCCUCCACCACACUGUUGGUAUCAGGAUCCGCUGACAACACAGCCAAGCUUUGGGAUGUUUCGAACGGAAAGUGUUUAAAGUCAUGGGAAUUCAAUACUGCUGUCAGACGUGUCCAGUUUUCAGAAGAUGACAGGAAGAUUUUAUUGGUAACUGAACCUCGUAUGGGCUUUCCUGCAACUCUUCAGAUCUUCAAUGUUGAGAAUGGUGUCACAGAGAAUGUCUCCUCUGAGCCUUUGGCUGUCUUCCACCCAGAGGGUCCCAAGAUCACUGUCGCCGCAUGGGGAUAUCUUGAUAAGUACAUCGUCGUUGGUCGCGAUAACGGAUCUGUUGCCUUGAUGGAUCCCCAUACUGGAAAGUACAUCGCUGACAACAAAGUCCAUGAGGCAACUUUGACAGAUCUUCAAAUGUCGACAGAUCGCACAUACUUCAUUACGGCUUCUAAGGAUAAGUCUGCCAAGAUUCUUGAGACCAAGACUCUUCAGGUGCUCAAGACAUACACAACAGAUACACCAUUGAAUUCGGCGGCCAUCAUGCCUAAGGUUCAGGAGUUUGUAAUUGUUGGAGGUGGUCAGGAAGCGAUGGAUGUUACAAGGACCAGUAGCCGACAGGGUAAAUUCGAAUGCCGUUUCUGGCACAAGAUUCUGGAGGAAGAAGUGGGACGUGUCCGUGGACACUUCGGUCCCAUCAAUACGAUCGCUAUCCACCCUGAUGGUCGCUCGUUUGCAAGCGGAGGAGAGGAUGGUUACGUCCGUGUGCACCACUUUGACGAGGAUUUCUUCACCUUCAAAUUCCAGAUUUAAAGCAAAAAAAAACGUUUUUUUAUCCUUACACCAUUAGCCGGGAGAAUUUUCAG